CAGAUAUAAAGCAAUAUCAAAUGAAAUGAAUGCAGUAUCAACUACCAACUAUCACAAAAAUAAUACUAACCCCAAUACAGACUAGCGCAUCGGAGGUUGCGGAGUUACCCGCCUGAUCUAAGAAUAAGCAUCACAAAAGCUAAGCCCAUUCUCCAACAACCUCCAAAGCCUCCCACCGCAGGGUCUUGAAAAGCGAAGAAAAUGUCGCAGAACCGCAAACAACGCCGUGCCGCAGCAGCUGCAGUUAAAAGGGACCAAGAACCCAACAACUUCGAAAUCCCCCUCGCCCGACCCCCCACCGGGUCACACAACACCAAAAAACAAAAUGGCGAAAAAACACUCCUCGAACUAGCUGCGGAGAGACAGGCUGGAUUUGCGACGCCGAGGGUUACAACAAACAAAUCCACAAAAAAAGGCGAGCGGAAAAAUGGAAGUAGUGAUGAGGCGAAAUUAUUCGAUAUGGACGCUACAGAAACACAAUUCAUACAGAUUUCGCCUGACGGCGAGGUAUCGCAGUUCACGCCGGAAGACCCAACAACACAAAAAGAUGGAAAAGAAGAAGAAGAAGAAGGAAACGGAGAAUUGCCGCCUAUAAUCGAUACACUGCUCCUCUCCAUGCCCUUGACAACGCUCCACUUCACACUCGCCUUUCUCGCCGCCCAUCAAUAUGCGCAAACCAUCCAUUUCAAAGAAUUAGCCUACGAAUCGAUGGCCAUUGCCUUCCCCGUGCUGACGUUCUGCAUACAUGUGGCGCAUGGACAUGUCCUUACACUUACGCGAAAGAAACCCAGUCCGAAGAAAUCAAGGGUUCGCGCGGACUCGGUUUGGGAUUUGAUAUUUGGGAAACCAAGUCUAAAAGCGUUUUUCUUCUUGGCUUUGGCAAUCUUUCUAGGCGGGUUUUUGAUUAAGCUGACCAAUGAGGAAGGGUAUUAUGCGGUUAUGAAGAGGGCACCGAGUAUAGGGACUAUGUGGGUGUGGUGUGUGUUGGAGAUGGCGCCGGGGGUAGCCGUUGUAGGUGUGCUGGUGCCUCUGGGGUGGGGGGUUGGGUAUAUGGGGUAUCAAAUUGCAUAAUUUGCAUGGUUGAUAUGAUAUUUGCAUUGUAAAUUUAGGUAUGGAGUUAUUGGAUA